AGUUACCGACUUUCUCAUAUCGAGCUUGAACUUGGCUUUAUCGAGCCAUCAGUACAAUUCGUUAAUGGUCGCCUCCACCAGCCUCCACUUUUCUCCACUACGCCGGUUUGAUCGUUUGAUCAACUGCUGUAACAGCGGUAACCUGCAAUGAGUCUUCUUUUGCGGAACCUCGGCAAGCUCUUUUCCCAACUUACCUUACAAAACUCUGCUCCUGCAAGAUGCCUGGCCUCCGCCGCCACCCUCUUCCCCCCAGCGCGUCCUUCCCUCUUGUCGCGAGGCGUGCUGUCCGCAUCUCCCCAGCAGCUUCAGGUGCAGCCGGUGCGCCACCUCUACUACGUUCGCAUCCGGGGUGAGCGCCACGACGGCCUGAUCUAUGACCCCGUCCUGGAGGUGCUGAACGCGGCGGGACCCCCGCCCCCGCGGAAAAAGCGGCGCCACCCGCUGGACAACAAGCCCUUCAUGAAGGGGGUGGUCAUCAAGACGCUGGUCAAGAAGCCCAAGAAGCCCAACUCGGCCAACCGCAAGUGCGUCCUGGUGCGGCUGAGCAACGGCAAGGAGGCCACGGCCUACAUCCCGGGCGUGGGGCACAACCUGCAGGAGCACAGCGUGGUGCUCGUGUACCGGGCCAGGACCAAAGACGUGCCGGGGCUCAAGCUGAAGGUGGUGCGCGGGAAGUAUGACUGCGCCCAUGUCAUCCGGAAGCCCCAGUCGGGCUCCUGAGCCAACAUCUCGUGUGUAACUUUAAAAGAAUGUGGGGCCGUGCUCCAUCUCGCAAACAUCUGUGGUGUGGACAGGGGUAAAGGAGUGCGAACCUGGUUAGCUUCUACUAUUCCCCCUUUUUUGUUUGGUAAUAAACUCGUUGGCGCCGUCUGCCGGGUAGCCCUGGCAUACUUUCGGUCCGAGUAUAUAUAUCCUAAUUUCUUACGCUUCAUCCUUUCACCAUAAAAAUUAAUUACAUCUUAGAGCACUAAAAGCGACUAUUCUUCCAAAGACUAUGCGUAAGCAUAGUCUCGCAAAUGCUACCAAACCCGCUGCUUAGUUCAAGGGUGGAAGUGUAAGUGCUAUUUACACACCGGCACCAUCUCGUUUUAACUUGCUUGAGAAAGAGCUAAUGGUCGAUGAGAGGAUGAGGACGGUAGGGAGGUGCUUCACUUACACUGCCUCCAGUAAGACUUUCCUACCUUAGAUAACGCUUCGGUGUCUCGCAAAUGGGUCAAAGACCCAUCCAGCGAAGCCGCCUAAAACUGCCUUGUCGUAUGGGCCUUUUUUAUCAUUUGAGAGUGUGCCCGCACCCUUUGCAUUUGUUGCAACUGCAGACGUUUAUGAGAUGGAGCAUGGGAAUGCCCUUGCAGCCUGUUCAAAUGUGGUGCUGUUGCCAUCUGGAGAAGGCGUUACCCAAGCAGUGUCCCAAGGGGCAGCAAGGUGUAUUUGGGAUGCUAGGAAGGCAGUUGGCAAAUUCAUUCUAGAGACUAAAGAAAGAUGUUUGCCGCCAAACAC